AUGGUACCAAGAGCUAUUAGAUCAAACAUUGGAAAUUCUUCCUUGUCAUCCUAUGAUUGCAUGCCUGAGUGGAAGUUCUACAAACCAUUUGUGAAGGCUAUAAAGGCACGGGCUGAUUUCUCUCAAACCGCCCAGUCAACUCUAGCCAAUGAGUUUGCAAAGGAGGCGGUGGCUGAUAUAUUGUGGGUCAAGAAUGUGCUUUUGAGGGUAUAUAGUGAAUUCCUUAUUGUUUUGAGUGAGAGUAAGCCUGCUUCUGAAGAUGAAACUUCUAGAUCAACAAAUAAUGCAUCCAAACUCAUCCUAGGCAGUGUGGUUGUUGGAGCUGCAGUGAUAGAAGCAUAUCAGACUGGCUACGUUAAACUUCAUGUUAAAGAUGAUAAUUUUUUUCUUAGAACUAGCAACCUAGACACUAUCAAAGUGACUACAGAUUCUAAACUUCCAGCUGACAAAGAAAUCCUGCAUUCAGCUGACAAAGAAAUCUUUCUAAGCAGUGAAAUCACAAGCCAAGUGAAACCAAAUGCAGAAAAUGUCGAAACAAGUGAAACCAAUAAUGGUUGUAACUUUAAGGUCAAUACUGGAAUUUCAGAAACAAUACCCAUACAGGAGGAAUCAGCCCCUUACAGAGAAGAGAAGAUAUCAAUUUCUGUUGAGAAUGCUACAGCAGCUCCUGUGGAGAAAGCAUUGAGUUCUGAAGAGUCAUCUAAAGAAUUAUUAAACAAGGAUAGAAGUAUAACAAUUAUUAACUCCAACCAAGAAGAAAGUAGGACAACUGAGGGUUCCAUGGAACAGAUGGAAGAUCUAGUUGAUAGAUCACUUCAUCAUUUAAAAGAUGCUGACGCAAAGGUUUCUGAUUUUUAUCAAGAUACCCGACCAAAGUGCAAAAGAAGGCUUAUCAACAACAUGCUAGUGUGGGAGACUUCAGCAUUCAACAAGGUUUCUUCUUCAAAGGGAACUAGCUUUGCAUCCCUCAGGCAUCUUUGUGAAACUUUAUCAUCCAUGACUUAUGUGCGGGUGGGCUCAUAACACAUGGUGGUCGUGAAAAACUAUAGUGGAUGUCUAGGAGCGAUUCUAUUAAUUACGAAUGAAGGUAGACAUUACCAAAUUUGUACAAAAGUGCGGUGUUUGUCAAGCUGCAAAGGCUCAAUAUCAAAAUAUUUGUUUUUUAUAGUUUGUUGUUGGUUUUGGAUAACAUUUAGGAAGAUGUAAAGUAUUGCUUUCAUCUGGGAUUUAACAUUCGAUCAUUGAACGGACUCUUCCUUUGUCAUUGCUGAUA